CCUCUCACUUUUGGGAGGCCGAUCUCCACUCAGGUGGAGGUUGCAGUGAGCUGAUUCGGCCUCCCAAAGUGCUGAAAUUACAGGUGUGAGCCAUCGUGCCCCGUCUCUUCUUUAAUAUUCUUUAGAGUAUUCAUCAGAACUUUGUGUACUUAUUUGUAUAUUUCCUUGUUUUAAUGACAAUCCCUCACUAAACUGUGUGCUUAAUGAGGGCAGAAAUUUUGUUGGGUUUUGUUCCCUUACCCCAGCAGAGAACCUGUCACAUAGUGGGUAUUUCAUAAAUGUUAGUACAGUUUAUAGAAUGUAAUGACAGAUCAGAUGAAAUUGUAGGGAAGCCUGGAGGAUGACCUAGGAAAUUCCACUUGGGUGAUGUUAAUUGCCAAGGUGAAUAUAGGAAGUUAGGAGUGGGACAGGAAUGAUUAUGUGGAUUUGAGAUGUGUCCAGUUCGAUGGCUUUUGGGGGUGGCUUGGAGAAGGCAAUAUUCUGCUGGGAAACUUCUGACUCUCUCCUUACUGCAGCCCAGGGUAGGGGCUCCCUACCUCCUCCUGGGCGGAUCUGUGCCAUCACUGACGUGCUCUUGGGAACUUAUCUGUUCCCUAGGCAGUGAAGCUCUACGGGAUCUGGAACAGUGCUGCAGGUCUCAUCUCUGGUUCGCAGGGCCCCCAGGAGUGUGUAUGCAGUCAGGGCUCAAUAAAUGCCAGUAGAAGGAAAGAGGGAAGGUGGAAAAUGUGGCCAGGCAUUCAGGGCAGAGGCUGGGUUGAGGAGCAGAUCUGGGAACGGAAAUAGAACUGGAAGUCCAAGUUGGAACCCUGGAGCCCUAGAGACAGGGUAGACAGAAAAGUGCUCCAAGCCAGGAGGCCAGGCACAGGGCUAAGCGCUUUAUUCACAGGACUGCAUUUCCUCUUCAUAUCUACACUAAGGAGGCAUAAUUAUUCCUACUUUGUUCAUGAGAAAACAGGUCCAGAGAGGUGACGUGAUUUGCCCAAGGUCACACAGCGAGUGAGCAGCAACGUCUGGAUUUGACUCAGGGCUGUCCUCCCCUAAGCUCGCAUGCACUCUUCCACUUCACUCCCUGCCUCUCUAACCCUCCAACUCCCUAUCCCUCUCCCCUCCCUUCCCGCGGCUGCCCCGCCCCACCCCUCCAGUACCGUCCCCCACCACCCCCACCCCCUCCCAGUCGGUGGCGGCGGCGGAGCCACGUGGUGGGGCAGGGAAGCCGCGGCCGACGAGAGCCCGGGCGGCUGCCCCAGCUGGGCAGUGCUGCUCUGCGCUGCGCCGCGCUCGGGGCCGGCUCUCCAUUCUCCGCGCUCUCCGCCAGCCGCCCCGGGGCAGGAGGCGCGCCUGACAGACUGCCCGCCAGACAAAGGAGGCGCGGCUCGGCAGAGCCAGCGCGCGGGCGGACGGACCAUGGACUCGGAGCACGGGCGGCCGGCCCCAGCCCUGGGGACCCGACACUCCCGGGCCCGGCCCUAGGCGCCCGGCCCCGCCGCCCGGCGCGCCCAGCUGGGAGGACGCGGAGCCCGCGCGGCGCGAGCAGGCGGCGGCCGCGGAGCAAGAGGGGCGCCGCGGCGGGCGGCCCGCGCAGCCCCCGGAGCCAUGGGCAAGUGCAGCGGGCGCUGCACGCUGGUCGCCUUCUGCUGCCUGCAGCUGGUGGCUGCGCUGGAGCGGCAGAUCUUUGACUUCCUGGGCUACCAGUGGGCUCCCAUCCUAGCCAACUUCCUGCACAUCAUGGCAGUCAUCCUGGGCAUCUUUGGCACCGUGCAGUACCGUUCCCGGUACCUCAUCCUGUAUGCAGCCUGGCUGGUGCUCUGGGUUGGCUGGAAUGCGUUUAUCAUCUGCUUCUACUUGGAGGUUGGACAGCUGUCCCAGGACCGGGACUUCAUCAUGACCUUCAACACAUCCCUGCACCGCUCCUGGUGGAUGGAGAAUGGACCAGGCUGCCUGGUGACACCUGUUCUGAACUCCCGCCUGGCUCUGGAGGACCACCAUGUCAUCUCUGUCACCGGCUGCCUGCUUGACUAUCCCUACAUUGAAGCCCUCAGCAGUGCCCUGCAGAUCUUCCUGGCACUGUUCGGCUUCGUGUUCGCCUGCUACGUGAGCAAAGUGUUCCUGGAGGAGGAGGACAGCUUUGACUUCAUCGGCGGCUUUGACUCCUACGGAUACCAGGCGCCCCAGAAGACGUCGCAUUUACAGCUGCAGCCUCUGUACACGUCGGGGUAGCCUCUGCCCUGAGCCCACCUCGGCGCCUCGCCUUGGGCCGCUGGACUGACCGCAGCUGCCUUGAGCUCAGGCCAAGGCGCAGGCGCGCCCCCUGGUGGCCCGCGCGCUCACUGCAGCCUGAGCCCGCCCCCAGGUCUGCAGCGGGAGACGCGGAUUUGGACUUGGACUUGGACUUGGGCUUGGCUCUUCGCAGCCCGGACUUCGGAGGAGUGGGGCGGGGCGGGGGAGGGGCACCGCGGGUUUUUUGUUUUUUGUUUGUUUGUUUGUUUGUUUUUAAUCUCAGCCUUGGCGUGAGCUGGGGCCUUCCUCUCUUCUCCAGCCUCUCUUUCACCCUUCACCCAGCAUCCUGCCCCCCUGUCCAAAAACAGCAGGACAUGACACCCAUCCCAUCCCAUCCCACCACACUCACUCACCAGCUCUGGGGAAAGCUACUGUGAACUAGGAGCAGGAGUCCUGGGUUCUAAUCGCAGGUCCAACACUGACUGCGACGUCUGGCUAAGCCCUCGCCCUCGCAGGGCCUCGGUUUCCCCUCCUCAAGUAAUUAAUCCCUUAGCAAAUGGACUCUUUUAGACUUCUCGUUUAACUCAAUUCCCUGAGCUAGACUGGGAUUAAAAUUCCCAUUUUGCAGUACAUUAAAACUGAGGCCCAGAGAUGCGAUUUGCUUGAGGCCACACAGCUAGAUUUUUGGUGGAAGUGGGCCUUGAACACAGUGUACUUUCUGCAGUUUCUGACUGUAAAACCCAUGUCUGCUCUCUGAGUUCUAUUUCCAAGCCCCCCUCCAGCUUGGACCCAUGUGGUCUCCACCAUAUUCACACACCACCGCCACCGCUUGCCAAUGCCUCUCUUAAAGCAAUAUACCCAUUCGUUCUCUUAUUGGGAACCGGAUGGACAGAGCCCUAAAUUCAGCCCCACCCACAGAGAAGCCUUCCUACGCUCAGCCUCUGUCCACCCUUGGCAAAUCUUUCAAGCUCUCUCCUCCAGGAAAGUGGGGCCCCAACUCAGUCACCCCACCCCCUUCCAGGUCCUUGAGGCUGGUUCUACUGUAUCCCCAUCCCCUCCACAACUCCACUCACCCCUGAUGGCUCCAUCCACCUCACCAGUUGGAAGGCUUGUGGUUCCAGAGGGGAGCAAUGCUGGUCAGCGCUGCCCAGACUCCAGUGUUUACAGAUCACCAGCGUUUACAACCAAUUCAAUGGCCAGAAGCCUCCUCUAACAAGCCCACAAGGAGUUCUGAAGGGGCAGAUGGGGAUGUGAGUAGUGGAGGAGUCAGGAUUGCCAGCACCCUCACCCUUCCUUGGGGGCAAGUAGAGGCGAGAACACUUUCUCCACCUCCCUCCACAGACACUCCUGAGGACCCUGCAUCCCACACACUGCCUGGUGUGUCCACAGAUGAGAGGAUCAGGCCUCAGCAUUUCAUCUGUGAAAGAGGUGUGGCCCUGGGUUAGAAAGGAGGGCAGGAGGUAUGGAGGAACUGGGGGGACACCCAGAUGGUGCGUGUGGUUUGCACACCUGAGCCUGUCUGGUGACUACUUUGCUCCUCGCCCACUAGCCUCCGAUCUAUCAUUCCCUACUCUCUAUGGCCAAAAUAUCCUGAGCAAGGCUGACAACCCCACCCCACCAUCCCAACUGCAAGCAGCCAGCCCCAGGAGUUCCUCUGGCCCCCACAGGCAUGGAGAUCCUAGCUGCUGGGUAUAGCUCAAGAGGGGGGCAGCUCCCUCAGGCUAAGCUGCUGCCAUUCACUGGGUCAGCCCGGCUUCCAGCCCCCACUUCUCUCAACCCCACUCUCCCAGGCCCCUUUCUACUCAACGGGUGCAGCCACUGGUGCUUUGAAGCCUUUUGUUUUUAUAAGAUGGUUUUUGUAAGGGGACCAGGUUCUCUUUUCACUGGACCUUGCAAGGAGGGGAGUGCUCUCCUGGUUUCUGUGCAGGCGGGUUGAUUAAAGAUGGUGUUUUCUUCUCUA